AUGCCCGGCUUCAUCUCCGACGCAUCUUCUGGCUCGGCCGCAUCAGGCUCCUCCUCCCUCCCGACCCCGGCUCUGUCCCACAGAGACACGCCCACACCAGGCAUCACCAACCCCGCAACUCCCGUCAGCCCACCAGACGAGAUCUGUACCCGCGCCCACGCAUUGUACGCGUUCGACGUCCUCGCAUCCCAUCUUGAGCGACAUGAUGCCGCCCCACCACCAUUCGCAAACGGGAAGGACAAGUACGCCCUCUUCGUGACAUGGAACACGCUCAAGCCGCGCAAAACCCUUCGAGGAUGUAUUGGCAACUUUACGCCUAUGCGCCUCGACAAGGGUCUGGCGGAAUACGCCCUCGUCGCCGCACUCGAGGACCACCGCUUCUCGCCUAUUCGCGCGUCAGAGCUUCCAUCCCUGGGAUGCGGCGUGAGCCUCCUCACCCCAUUCACCCCCGUCGCUACCCCUCUGUCCUGGGAUCUUGGCACGCACGGUAUCCACGUCACGUUCCCGCAUCCUACUGCCGGCCGUACCCUGUCCGCAACUUAUCUCCCCGACGUAGCCCCCGAACAAGGUUGGAGUAAAGAGCAGGCGGUACUCAGCCUCAUCCAGAAGGCUGGGUGGCGGGGACGCGUCACGGUAGGCGAUAAGGUGUGGAAUAGCAUCAGCACCAAGGUGUAUGGGAGCGUCAAAGUCGCCGUCACAUAUGACGACUACGUCGCGUGGAAGAAGGGCGGCGUCGUCGAGGACAAGGACAAGGACAAGAAGGGCGCCGAACGCGGCGCGCUCGCCGUGCUGUCCCGCCUUGUGCGCGGGUAG